AUGCAGAGCGUCUUGAUUCUCAUUGCGCCUGCGCUCUUUGCAGCGUCGAUUUACAUGAUCUUGGGAAGAAUCAUCCUCUUGACGGAGGGUGAACACCACUCGUUGAUCAGACGGAAGUGGCUCACCAAGAUCUUUGUAUUUGGAGAUGUUGCGUCGUUUAUGCUUCAAUCAUCAGGUGGCGGUCUCAUGGCCAUUGCAGAUCUCAGCAAAAUGGGUGAAAAGAUCAUCGUUGGGGGCCUUUUCGUUCAGCUCUUCUUCUUUGGUUGUUUCAUCCUCGUCAGCGCGGUAUUCCACAUUCGAAUGCAUCGAGACCCCACCCCAAGAUCCUUAGAAUCUCGCGUAAGGUGGCAGACAUAUCUCACGACACUCUACGUCACAGGAAUUCUGAUCUGGGUCAGGAGUUUGUUCAGGGUGGUUGAGUUCAUCGAAGGAAAUGAUGGGCACUUGAUGCGCAGCGAGGUUUGGGUAUUUGUGUUUGACGGUAUGCUGAUGCUGCUGGUGUUGGUAUGGAUGAAUUGGUUCCAUCCUGGCGAGAUCGGACUCCUGAUCAGGGGAGAGAGAAGCAUCACGAAUGGACUUGAGCUGGUCAAGAUGCGAGGAUCGGGGAGAAAGAGACUCGAUACCAUGGAGAGUCUAUCGUCUGAACAUCGUGUUUGA